CCUCAUCUGCAGAUAAAAAAAAAUGUGGUUGCUACGGGUGCCUGUUACCAUAGUGACAUGAUAACAAGGGAACAGGCUCGCGCUGCGAAUCGUUCUGUGGCACCUCAAGGGCAGGAUUCAGGGUGUUUGUGUGUCUGACGAGAGUCUAGAUGUGGACCAUCGCACAUUAUUGGGGAAGGAGUGUGUUGUGAUUAUAAGUGUGCAUACCGCUGUGUAUAAUGAUGGGUGUAGCACUGGUGGGUGGGAGUGCGUUGUGAUUAUAUGUGUGCAUACCGCUCAUCAGCUGUGUAUAAUGAUGGGUGUAGCACUGGUGGGUGGGAGUGUGCUGUGAUUAUAUGUGUGCAUACCGCUCAUCAGCUGUGUAUAAUGAUGGGUGUAGCACUGGUGGGUGGGAAUGUGUUGUGAUUAUAUGUGUGCAUACCGCUCAUCAGCUGUGUAUAAUUAUGGGUGUAGCACUGGUGGGUGGGAGUGUGUUGUGAUUAUGUGUGUGCAUACCGCUCAUCAGCUGUGUAUAAUGAUGGGUGUAGCACUGGUGGGUGGGAAUGUGUUGUGAUUAUAUGUGUGCAUACCGCUCAUCAGCUGUGUAUAAUUAUGGGUGUAGCACUGGUGGGUGGGAGUGUGUUGUGAUUAUGUGUGUGCAUACCGCUCAUCAGCUGUGUAUAAUGAUGGGUGUAGCACUGGUGGGUGGGAAUGUGUUGUGAUUAUAAGUGUGCAUACCACUUAUCAGCUGUGUAUAAUGAUGGGUGUAGCACUGGUGGGUGGGAGUGUGUUGUGAUUAUAUGUGUGCAUAACGCUCAUCAGCUGUGUAUAAUGAUGGGUGUAGCACUGGUGGGUGGGAGUGUGUUGUGAUUAUAUGUGUGCAUACCGCUCAUCGGCUGUGUAUAAUUAUGGGUGUAGCACUGGUGGGUGGGAGUGUGUUGUGAUUAUAUGUGCGCAUACCACUCAUCAGCUGUGUAUAAUGGUGGGUGUAGCACUGGUGGGUGGGAGUGUGUUGUGAUUAUAUGUGCGCAUGCAGCUCAUCAGCUGUGUAUAAUGAUGGGUGUAGCACUGGUGGGUGGGAGUGUGUUGUGAUUAUAUGUGUGCAUACCACUCAUCAGCUGUGUAUAAUGAUGGGUGUAGCACUGGUGGGUGGGAGUGUGUUGUGAUUAUAUGUGUGCAUACCACUCAUCAGCUGUGUAUAAUGAUGGGUGUAGCACUGGUGGGUGGGAGUGUGUUGUGAUUAUAUGUGUGCAUACCGCUCAUCAACUGUGUAUAAUGAUGGGUGUAGCACUGGUGGGUGGGAGUGUGUUGUGAUUAUAUGUGUGCAUACCGCUCAUCAACUGUGUAUAAUGAUGGGUGUAGCACUGGUGGGUGGGAGUGUGUUGUGAUUAUAUGUGUGCAUACCACUCAUCAGCUGUGUAUAAUGAUGGGUGUAGCACUGGUGGGUGGGGGCCGGACGGUCUCUUUAAGUCAGGAGGACGGGUGGUUGCUGGUGAAGAAGGACUGUCUGUUCCCAGUGACCUUGCCCUGAGGAACUGUAUGCUAACUGCCGAAGCCACCGUGAAGAUCGGAGAUUAUGGGCUCUCACAUAACAAAUACAAGGAAGACUACUUCGUAACGUCGGACCAGCUGUGGGUGCCUCUGCGCUGGAUCGCUCCCGAGCUUGUCGACGAGGUCCACGGCAACCUGCUGGUUGUAGAUCAGACCAAGCCUGGCAACAUAUGGUCCCUGGGGGUGACGGUCUGGGAGCUGUUCGAGCUGGGGAACCAGCCAUACCGGCAGUACUCGGACAGGCAGGUGCUCACCUAUGCUGUGAAGGAGCAGCAGCUAAAGCUGCCCAAGCCGCUGCUGAAGGUGCCCCUUUCUGAUCGCUGGUAUGAGGUGAUGCAGUUCUGCUGGUUGCAGCCAGAUCAGAGGCCUACAGCAGAAGAGGUACACCUGCUGCUCAGCUACCUGUGCGCCAAAGGCGCGAGUGAAGCCGAGGAAGACUUCGAGAAGCGCUGGAACUCCAUGCGGCCCAACAAUAGUCAUUGUGCCGGCCUCGCUGGGGGCCUGCCCCCAUCCUGCUCCUCAUCCUCCUUCCCACUGCUUGAACGAUUCUCAAUGGGCGACAGCUACCAGCCUGAGCCUGGUGAUGAUGUCCUGACAGUCACCGAGACCCGUCACGGACUCAACUUUGAGUACAAGUGGGAGCAGGCUCGGCAUGAGCUGCCCUACCGCUCAUCCUCCACCAGCGGGCCCCUAGGUCAGGGUAAUCCUCACUACCAGGACAUCUACUAUCCCUCUGUUGGCAGCUGUGGGGCAGAUGGGCUCACACUUGGGGUCUCACCAUCCUACUACGACUCGAAGCAGCUACACACUCCUGGAGUGGUUCCUGUGCUGAGUGCACACAGCCCAUCAAUGAGCAGCGAGUAUUACAUUCGCAUUGAGGAGCCUGUGGACUGCCACAUUGACAGAAACUAUACAGUAUGCCCCUAUAGCCCUGGAUUUGAAGGCAGUGCUGAUGGGGGCUUUGUGGUUGGGAGUGGUGAGGCAGUAGGCUGCAUAAAUUGUCCCUCAGAGGCUCAGCCCAGCUCCUUUUGGUCAACGGACAUUCACAAAGCAAGCGCCUAUGACUCAGACAAUAGUCCAGCGAUCUCCCUGACCAUGGAACCCCUUUUAGGCCAGGUGUGCAGCCCCAUGCAACCCUGGGAGUCAGGACACUAUGUGUCCUACAAGGAUAGGGAUGGUGGAUACUACUAUGACCCUUCUCCCUCCAUGGAGAUGGACCACUAUUUGAUGGAGGACAACGUGGAGCCCCAGGAGGAGAGCUGGGGAUCCCGAAGCCUACGUCAGGCAUUGGGUGAGCUGGAGAAUCCACUCGGUAUCUCACCUUCUCUGAGUGAUCCUAGGCAGGGGUAUGGUGACCCCUGCAUGGCAGGUGAGUGCUACUAUGACAUGAUGGGUUCCCUGAGGAAGACCAUGCCCCGGCCCCACUCUGUCAGCAUUGGUCCAGAGGGCCCCCUUUUCAGGGACAGACGGGAUAGUGACCUGGAAGAAGACGACCUGUUUGUAGAGAGGGAGGCCAGAAGCUGGGUCUCAAACCACUCCGCUAACAACAACAGCUUGAACUUCUCCCGGAGGCCAGUGAGGUGCAGCCAGGACACCUACGUGGAUUACCAUUAUACCAUGCCUUCUACCGAUGUGGAGGAUUUGUGGCCGCAGAUGGACAUCAAAGAGAAGUCAAUGUUCCAAUCCAAUAAUUCUCUCUGCUACCCAGAGACUAUGAGAAAUAAUGCGGGUUGCCUUACCCUCAGCAAACACCACUCACUUAUCAAUCCCAGGGAGUGUAAUAUUUGUGUAUACCCAUGCCACAAAGGCAGGGAGGAUCCAAUAUCACCAGUCAGGUACUGCCAGACUGUGGAUAGUCCACAGUCCGUCGAUCCCCUGUCUGGUACACUUGUCAGAAACUAUGGCAUCAGUAACUACAUCAGAGAUAAGAAAAGUGAACCACCCCAUGCAGACAAAGCGAAAAGUCUGUCUAACUUACCUACAUCCCUUACUGGAGAAUGUGUUUUAUCACAAUCCCAGAUGUCAGAUAUGAACAGAACCCCUAUUCUUCUGGAGCACUCAGAGCACCAAACCGGUCUUGGUGGAGAAAUUUUGGGGAAAAAGGGUGUGGAGCAAGAAGUGUCAUCUCUGACAGGUGUUAAAUUCAAGAUUCAGACCGUCCAUAUUGCGGCAGAGAAGGCCACCUCGCCAGACCCAGUGUCAGACAGCAGUCGGCUUGCGGACAGCGGUGUUGAGAGGGGAUGCUCCAGCAUCAGCCUUGUGGACAUCGAUGACUGCAGUGAUGAAGAUAUCACAGACGUUACCUCGGGAAUUUUUGUAGACUUUAUAAUGGAUUGCGCAGAUUCGGGAAAUGCUCCAGCCGGCUUAAAAAAUCCCCAGGACCCGGCGGAAACCCCAGAUUCUGUUGAUUCCAUUGAUUUACCGUCUACUGCUGAGUCAUGCGAUGCCUUAAGCCCUGCUUCUUUUGAUACCUCCAGCCCACCUAAAGCCCAUGACAGUGGCUAUGACACUGAGAACAAUGAAUCCCCAGAGUUUGUUAUGAAGGAACCUCUUGAGCCACGGGACCCUGAAGGGUUUUCCCAGUCUCUAGGGAAGACAUCUUUGUGUGGAAACCUAGCCCCAGGAGUCACUGAAGCCAAAGUGGUCUCACAGGCUGAAAUGGAUGACAGUGCAAUUCCACUUGUUUCAAUGACCAACAGGACAGAGCUUGACCUUACAAGCCUAUGUGAGAAAAACACAUAUAGGGAUUCUGCCUAUUUCUCUGACUAUGAUACAGAAAAUGAGCGAUUUUCCCAGGAUAAGGAAGACAACCUUAUGGACAAACUGGAUUCCGAUGACUUGGUACAAAAGGAAGAUGGUAACAAGUCCCCCAAAAAACCUAUGGAGAAAGAGAGCUUGAAACCUUUGCAUUUAGAAAAAGAUGAAGGAGACUGGAAGAAUAAUGAAGAGGAUCACAGUGAAAUUGAUGUGGAUGUUAAGAAGCUUUCCCCCCAACGAGAGUUCUCAGAGACCAAAGUAUGUGGCUCCUCCUCAGAACCCAUGUUCUCCAUGCUCUCCCCAUCUCCACCUGAAAUGGGGGGUUGCCUGACAAAGGAAUCUUCCCAAGAUGAAGGCUUAGGGUUGGAUUCUGAAAACCCUGGGGAGGAAGCAUCCUCUGAGUCCUCUUCCUCCACAGUUUCUGAAGGGACAUCUGUCCAGCAACAGCCCUCAACUUCAGGAGAUGGAGGUAAAGAAUCUGGGGGUGCUGAGGACUCCCUGGCAGAACCCCUCAUCUCUGACUCUGCCAGCACAGACAGCAAUACGGAGAUACCCGCAGAGUUCAGCGAUGACAAGACAGAGCCAGUAGAGUGUGGGCAUCUCCAGGAGGAGGAAAAGGGGCAAGAUAGCAUCUGUUCCAGACCCAUAAGUGAAGAUCAGGAAGCCCAGGCUGCAGACACAGAGUCAGACGGUCUAAUGGAUAUUGCUAAAUGUCCCUCAUCUCCUCCUCCACCCCUGCCUCCAAUUGAGAGCAGGAUUUCACCAGGUGAUGGGGAGGAAGCUGAUUCAGAAGACAGCGAGGAAUCAGAUGAGGAGCUGCGCUGCUACAAUGUCCAGGAGCAGAGUGAGGAGAGUGAGGAGGAGUCCUCAACUGUGCCUGUUGUGGUGAUGGACUGCAGUGAUGCUUGCCACCUCCGCAGCCUCCUCAAGAUGCCCACCCUGCUGACAGAGGCCUUCAGUGACGAAUUUGACCGCAAGAAGAAGGCUGUUUCCUUCUUUGAUGAUGUCACAGUGUUCCUUUUCGAUCAGGAGAGCCCGACCCGGGAGCUGGCAGAGCAUGGCUUCCCCCCCGGAGCGGAGUCCUGCGGGCAGGGCUCAGAAGCCACGGAGCCACGCCCCCAGGAAAAGAUCAAUGCCAGCUCUGAUGACUCCUCAGAUGGGAACAUCUCAGAAGAGAGUGCAGGUUUUGAGUGGGAAGAUGACUUCCCUUUGCUGCCCAAUGCCUCUUCUGUGGUGGCUGCAAGAAGCACCCCAGAGAAGCCAUCAGCCCCCAGGCAGUCUGCUGUUCCUCCGGAGCCCAAGCCAGCAGUGCAGUUCUCUCGCUUCACUGUCUCCCCUUCCUUGGUCUCCCGCUUCUCCAUCACGCACGUAUCCGACUCCGACAUCGAAUCUGCAGGAGGUCUGUCUCCUUUUCACACAAAUGUCACUCUUCGCAUUGACAAUGAGACAAGCCAGUCAUGCUACCAAAAUUUACCUGCAUAACUAUUUCAGGGUGUUAAUUUAAACAAAUGUUGUUAUUUGAUACGAGUCUGGUCAAUCUUAACAUGCUAGCAUCCCUAUGAUUUAAUAUACUUUUGUAAACUUUCACAUACUUGAUUAGCAUUGUUGGCCAUGCCUGACUGUGUAUCCUCUGUCCUACAGGGAGCAGUGAGGAUGGUGAGCGAGAGUGAGGCAUGGAAGUAACCCCUCUGCUGGUCUACGUGUUAGGGACUUCGUCUCUCUUAUUUUGCCUUUGGCCUCUUUUAUUGGAUGUUUUUGGAACACAGACAGCCACCCUAAGAUGGCACGUCCUGGUGAUUGGACACCAUCGGUUGAAAAUGGGGCUUGAGUGAAGUCAGCAAAGAAAGAGACAAAAUUACAUUUAUUUAUACAUAUUUAUAUAUAUAAAUAUAUAUAAACAUGCAGAUUAUGACAUCACCUUUUCAUCUCUUCAAAUUUGCUAAAUGAGACCGAACGAAAAAAAAGACACACAAAGGACACUUGCUAGAUAUCACUACUGUUUUUAUUCACUGACUCUUCAUUUGCGGUUUGUUCACACAGCUACAGCAAGAUUUUGACAAGUAUGAAUAUUUUGCAAGUAUUUAUAGUUCUGGGAGCCAGAAUGAUUUUAUUGCGGGAAGGGAAAACCAAUUUCUUUUCGUUCAUUUGUUAAAAGUACCUUUGGUUGUCUUGGACAUGAAAUGGCGUAGGUUUCCUCCUUUCACAGCAGUGACCGGAGCCUGUCACAACCUCUCGAGGGACACCUUUAUGUACACCUGGGCACACAUCUGGCCCAGCGAGCUGAAAUACACCUAGGUGUGCACCUCGUUCCACACUAAGUCCAUCUGAAAAAACAGGCACACAUCCGGCCUCACACUUGGUUCAGAAAUCUGACGGAUCCUUUAAUGGACAACCACAGUGGAUCUUUUGUGUGGUUUCCUUUAUGUGGACAUCCUUUCCCAGAAGCAUGACUCGUGUGCAGCUUCUCAUAUGGGUGCCAGUCUGAGGGUAAAGGUCACACACGCUGCACCCAAGCCUGACAGGCCGCAUUCCCAUCAGAUCAGGCCGAGGGACUUUUGUUCUGUUUGAUCGUUUGUUUCUCUGUUUGUUUCUUUGUCGGUUUAAAGUGAACGUUAUAUGCCAAAAAGAUGGUGGCCCAGACAACCUGCCUACCCCACCACCCAAAGCCCUAGGAUUUACAGGCUUAAAAGACAGAUGCACAGUGGUAAAGAGUAGCAGAAUAUAGAAAUGAUCUGUCACAUCAUGAAGUUUAUAGGAAGAUAAUGAUCUGUGAGUUAGCAUGUUUUAUCUCUUUCAGACAGCAGGCAGGAUAAGAGAGUUGGACAUGUGACUCCUGUUACUAUCCUUCAGUUUGAAAUAAAAGCAAGAUGACAUUUGAAGGACACAAGAAACAACAAACUUUUGUGGAAAAAUAAGAGUAUGUAAGCAUGUCUACAACCCAGUGUUGGAGAUCACAGUACAGAUAAUUCUGAGUCAUUAAAGUUAUCUUUCUGAGAUAUUUAUAAUAUGUAAUGAUCAUGCGGUAUGUUCAGUGUUAACAUUUUUUUGUAUGUUUCUUUUCAGUUGUCUGUAGAAACUUUAAAUAAGUAUGAAAUACUAUGUGUUAUAUAAAGAUAUUACUUUAGGUUCUGAAGGGUAAUUCCCAAACAGAAGGUGACGCUUCUUAUACUGUGGGCAGGAGCAGACUCUCUGCUUCCCAGAAGCCUCCCCCUGCGCAUCAGGACAUCCUCUGGAGCUGGUUGCCACUGGCCUUGAAGACAUUGAGUUCUCCGUUACGAGCCGAGUGUUUUGUGUUACAUUCGCCGUUCGGGUUCGAUAUUCUGUAUCUGUUUGGCAUAGAUCUAGUUAGACUGCAGUCUGUACUAUUUUUAUAACUGAAAAGGCUUUAAAAUGUAAAAAUUCAUAAAGACUAAAACAAAAUGUUGCCAAA